GCCCCCAUCUCGGGCAGCGCUGUGGAUGAGGAACUGCGGAUGUGAGCGAGGUCUGUGCGCCUGGGCCGGCACCCCAGAUGGAAGAGUUCGUGGUUUCUGAUUUGCAUAAUAGCAGGGGCUGAAUAGGCAUAAAGGAGACUAUAGUGCGGGUGAGAAGUGUCAAAGAAGAAGAAAUGAAUCCUACAAAUGCUGAUCCAGUGUUUGGGACCACUUUUGAAUGGGACUAUCUCUUAUGGGAAGUUCGCUUGACAUUUUUAGCUGCUGGCUUUUUAAUCUAUUUGGGAGUAUUCCUUCUGUCUCACUGGUUGUCUUCAUGGAUAAGUACCACUUAUCAUGCCUUGUAUGCAAAGGAGAAGGUGUUUUGGAAUAUGGCAGUCACACGUGGUGUGUUCGGACUUCAGAGUUGUGUUGCUGGGCUAUGGGCUUUGCUCGUAGAUCCUGUUUUUCAUGCUGACAAAGUGUAUUCACAGCAAAAUUGGAGUUGGUUUAACUGUUUAAUAGCUGCUGGAUUUUUCUUGCUUGAAAAUGUAGCUGUUCACGUGUCCAAUGUUAUUUUUAGAACAUUUGAUGCGUUCUUGGUAGCUCAUCACUUGCUAGCUUUUGGUGGCUUGGCUGGUCUAGUGAUUAAUGUGAAAUCUGGACAUUAUCUGCCUUUGAUGGGAAUGUUGCUGGAGAUGAGUACUCCCUCAACAUGCAUUUCCUGGAUGCUUUUGAAGGCUGGCUGUGCUAACACCUUUUUCUGGAAAGCAAACCAGUGGGUGAUGAUCCACCUGUUUCACUGCCGCAUGAUUCUUACUUACCACAUGUGGUGGGUGUGUAUUUUCAAUUGGAAUUCUGUGGUAGAAAAUUUGGGACUUCUUCAUUUUACUGUUCUAUUCUCGGGAUUAUUUGCUGUUACGCUAAUACUUAACCCAUACUGGACGUACAAAAAAACGCAGCAACUUCUGAACCCAACUGACUGGAAUUUUGAAAAUAAAGCAGUGGAAAACGGAAAAUUAAAUGGUGAAACACAUGAAAAGAAGAGGAUGUGACACUGAAACAGCUGUUUCCUUAUAGGGUGGCAAACGAAUACAAUGCAGAGUAAUUCUUUGCCUGUGAAAUAGAAGCUGUUGCAUGAAGUUCAUUAACACAGUGCUUCUUUGCUGGUAGGAUUCUGUGUGCACCAGAAGUAUUUUAAUGGAUUUUUUCUGUUUCAUAUGUGCAUACACACAAGAUAGUCAACCUCUUAAGAUAUACACCAAAAUUUUGUCAGGUUGGACAAUAUUUCAUGAUCUAGUAGUGAUGUGCUCUCUAAUGGCAUCCUUUGUCCUAAUGCUUCCAAGAGGCUUUACAGUUAAUUUGGCUAUUAAGCUCAGCUUGAAUCAAGUUCAGCUUGAAUCCUAUUUCAUACAUGUCAGAGAUACUGUUAAUGGAAGUUACAUUGUUUAUUAAGAUCAAUUAUGAUGUGAGUUAGGUAUGCAUGGGUACCUAGUUCCUGUGUGCCAUUUAGUCAUUCCAAGUGACUGAAUUGGUCAGUGGUAGAAUGCAGUCACGGCUGGAGUGUGGGGUUUGGUUUUUUUUCUGUUUUUCGUUUUGGGUUC